GUUAUCCAUUUUACCCUUCUCUAUAUAUAUGGCACAGGAAAUUGCACCUAGGGUCUAUCAACGCAUUAACUCCUUUCACAAAAUUUGCCAAAGCACAAAGGGUUUGAGAUUCUGUCAGAAAAUGCUACACACAAUGAAGUGGAUGCUGCCACUCCUUGCUCUCUUAUACUUUUCAGCUGUCAGUGAAUCGCAAGCUUCAAAAAUUGGCCCUCCUUUGCUGAAAUCUGCCACCUUUCUCUCCCCUCCAUUCUUUCUCCGACCUGGGUCUGUCUCAAACAAGUACUACUUCGACAUCCCGUUUCCGAAAGGUCACAUAGCUCUCAAGAGUUUCGAUGCCGAAGUAGUCGACGAAAACGGCGUACCAGUCCCCCUUCACGAGACUUACUUGCAUCAUUGGGUGUUAGAGAGAUACUAUGGCCGAAGAGAGUAUGGCGACCUCGACCUUUCAAAGAUUAUACUAGUGAGAAACUCCGGAAUUUGCAAUCACACACUAGGCCAGUACUAUGGACUCGGUUCGGAAACACGAAGAACUAGUACAUGGGUUCCCGACCCCUACGGUAUAGAAGUCGGAAAACCUGAAGAAAUUCCACUUGGUUACGAGGAAAGCUGGCUACUUAACAUCCACGCGAUUGAUACGCGAGGAGUUGAGGACCGAUUGGGGUGCACCGAGUGCAAGUGUAGCCUCUACAAUGUGACAAAGGAUGAGUAUGGUCACCCGAUCGCGGAUAAUUAUAUCGGAGGACUAUAUUGUUGCUAUGAUGAGACUCAGUGUAGGGUGAAAGAAGGCGUCGAGGGUGUUACAAGGAAGCUCUUUUUGAAGUAUACAGUGAUGUGGGUCGAUUGGGAUGUUAGUGUUGUGCCAGUGAAGAUUUAUAUAUUCGACGUCACUGAUACCGGAGAGGCGACGAGCGAUCCGCGCCGCAGUAGUUGCAAGGUGGAAUAUGAAGUUCCGGCUUGUAGUCUCGAAGACAAAGCCAAUGGUGAGUGUGUUCAUACGAAAACUGCUGCGCGGUUGGUCAUGCCCCGCGGAGGUCACAUAGUGUACGGCGUCUCUCAUCAGCACUCGGGUGGUCUCGGUUCUGCUUUGUAUGGCGAGGACGGUCGGCUCCUAUGCACGUCGAAUCCAACUUACGGGGAAGGAGAGGAAGCCGGAAACGAGGCCAACUACAUUAUAGGGAUGUCCACCUGCUAUCCAAAGCCAGGCUCUGUGAAAGUUUCCGACGGAGAAGCUCUGACCUUUGUUUCCAAUUACAGCAGCACCCAAUUGCAUACUGGAGUAAUGGGUCUCUUCUAUAUACUCGUAGCCGAGAUGCCGCCCCCGCCCCCGCCGAAGAUUCCAAUCUUCCUUACAUUUCCAACUUCAUGGGGUUUCGAGGUGUCGAAGAGUACUUGGGCACUUCUUCUUGCUGCGGCAGCUCUAGCUCUCAUCAUUGGAAUCAGUUAUUAUAGAAAGAGAGAUACUAGUGCAGGAUACCAAUCCUUGGUGAUAUCUUAGGGUUGUUGUACACCAAUUAUAUAUAGUUAGGAGAAGUUUUCGUCUCCAUAUGAAAUAAUGUUGGUUUGUUUAUCUAUUCCACUGGAAUUGAACUGCUUUGAAUGACAAACUUUUUGUAACAAGAUUAUGCUAAAGGUAUAUAAAUGCACCGAGAUAUGUAAACAGGAUUUGGGAUUAAUUAGUAACUUCGUUUGAGGAGAAAGACGGAUUAAACUA